GAGCCUGGAACUCAGUGGGGAGGCCAGAGCUGGAUUCUAUUGGCGUAUCUCCAGCCUCGGGACAGGGAAAGGGAUGGAGGCGGGCGUGUGUGGACCCUGAUCUACGCAGGUGUACACCUGUGCAUUCCCGCGUGGGACCACAUAGGUCCGCCAUGUCGGCACCCCGGCUGCUCACGAUGCAGCUGUUGCUCUUGCUGGACGCUUGGUGGGCGCGCGCAGCCGCCCCGCGCUGCACCUACACCUUCGUGCUGCCCCCGCAGAAGUUCACAGGCGCCGUGUGCUGGAGCGGGCCGGCGGCUCCGCGCCCAACUCCGGAGGCCGUGAACGCCAGCGACGUGGCGGCACUGCGCGUGCGAGUGGGCCGCCACGAGGAGCUGCUGCGCGAACUUCAGCGGCUGGCGACGGCCGACGGCGCUGUAGCCGGCGAGGUGCGUGCGCUGCGCAAGGAGAGCCGUGGCCUGAGCGCGCGCCUGGGCCAGCUGCGCGCGCAGCUGCAGCACGAGGCGGGACCGGGGGCGGGGCUAGGCCUGGGGGCGGAGCCUGCCGCCGCGCUGGCGCUGCUUGGGGAGCGUGUGCUGAACGCCUCGGCCGAGGCGCAGCGCGCCGCCGCCCGCUUCCACCAGCUGGACGUCAAGUUCCGCGAGCUGGCACAGCUGGUCAGCCAGCAGAGUGGCCUCAUCUCCCGCCUGGAACGCCUGUGCCCGGGGAGUGCGGGCGGGCAGCAGCAGGUCCUGCCACCGCCCCUGGUGCCUGUGGUUCCAGUCAGUCUGGUAGGUGGCACCAAUGACACCAGCAGGAGGAUGAACUCAGCCCCAGAAUCCCAGAGAGACCAGACCCUGAGACAGCAGGGGCCCUUGGCCUCUCCUGUGCCCUCAGGGCACCCUGCUGUCCCUACCAAGCCAGCAGGCCCAUGGCGGGAUUGUGCAGAGGCCCGCCAGGCAGGCCAUGGACAGAGCGGAGUGUAUGAGCUACGAGUGGGCCGGCAUGUGUUGUCAGCAUGGUGUGAGCAACAGCUGGAAGGUGGAGGCUGGACUGUGAUCCAGAGGCGGCAAGAUGGCUCCGUCAACUUCUUCACUACCUGGCAGCACUACAAGGUGGGCUUUGGGCAGCCUGAUGGGGAAUACUGGCUGGGCCUUGAACCUGUGCAUCAGCUGACCAGCCAUGGGGACCAUGAGCUACUGGUGCUCCUCGAGGACUGGGGAGGCCGCGGGGCACGUGCCCACUAUGAUGGUUUUUCCCUGGAGCCUGAGAGUGACCACUACCGCCUACGGCUUGGCCAUUACCACGGAGAUGCUGGAGACUCUCUAUCCUGGCACAAUGACAAGCCUUUCAGCACCGUGGAUAGGGACCGAGACUCCUAUUCUGGUAACUGCGCCCUGUACCAGCGGGGAGGCUGGUGGUACCAUGCCUGUGCCCACUCCAACCUCAAUGGUGUGUGGCAUCGUGGUGGCCACUACCGUAGCCGUUACCAGGACGGCGUUUACUGGGCCGAGUUUCGUGGUGGGGCUUACUCUCUCAAGAAGGUUGCCAUGCUGAUCAGGCCCCUGAGGCUGUGACCAUCUGUUCAUCUGUCCCCCAGGUCACAGGGGAUGUGUGUCCGCAGGAGCCCAAGUUGUCCUGGCCACACCUCCUUUGUGACUCAGUGUGGGCCGCGUCCCACAGACCUCUUCUCGUUGUGGAUCUGCUCCCCAGGACCCUGAAAACAGCACCCAGGAAUCCCCCUGCCAGCAUCUUGGACCCAGACGGCUCCCCAAGGGCAUUUAGAUCUCCAUUUGAGCUCGUAUUUUAUAACAACACAAAAUAUGCACAGACCGUGUCUGGUUUGCAUCUGCACCUGGCAGGGGUCACUCCCCGUGACCGCCCUCGUCCUCCUCCUUCAGGUCCUCCAGAAUGAGGUUGUCCAGGUCUUCCA